AUGCUAAACUCACUUUUAAAUGCCUUUGCAGAAAAUGAAAAGGUGAAGAUGAAUGAACUGAUUGAAAGUGUGGCUAAGACCCAGAGAGAAUCCCAAGCUGGGAUGGAUUGGAUUUAUGUCAAUAAUCUGGAUAAUGCCCUAAUCAAUAUGGGCAUUUACCUAACAGAUGAUGAAAUCAAGGAAGUUCUGAAUUCUACAGCUCCAGAUGAGGAUGGAAAAGUUAAUCUGAGUGAUUUGAUGGAAGGGGUGAAGAAUAUGAAGCUCAUAUUAAGUGCAGGAGGGCAAAUGGUUGAAACUGGUGAUUUGAGUUCCAGCCUGACAGAAAUGGGCCUCAAUAUAACAGAAGAAGAAACUCAAGAGGCUCUGAAACUCCUUACACUUGAUGGUAUUGACAAAGUGGAUAUGAAGAAUGUUUUGCAAAACAUUAUGCUCAUGAAACGGCCUUUUAAGCUGGAAAUUGAAGGGAAAGUAAACUUAGGAGAAUUUAUGAAGUCGGUGAGGGCACUCCAGCCAUAUCCUCAGCCUGAAGAAGAAACCAUUGCUUUUCUAGAAGAGAAUAUUGUUAUUCAAGAAGAGGAAGAGGAGAUUCCUGUUGAGGAAGAGAAAGUUGCUGCUGCUGAGGAAGAGGAAGAAGAGAUUCCUCUUGAGGAAGAGAAAGUUGCUGCCGCUGAGGAAGAGGAAGAGGAGAUUCCUGUUGAGGAAGAGAAAGUUGCUGCCGCUGAGGAAGAGGAAGAAGAGAUUCCUGUUGAGGAAGAGAAAGUUGCUGCUGCUGAGGAAGAGGAAGAAGAGAUUCCUGUUGAGGAAGAGAAAGUUGCUGCCGCUGAGGAAGAGGAAGAAGAGAUUCCUGUUGAGGAAGAGAAAGAAGAGGAAGAGAAGAUUCCUGUUGAAGAUGAAAAAGUUGCUACCGCUGAGGAAGAGGAAGAGAAGAUUCCUGUUGAGGGAGAGAAAGUUGCCGCCGCUGAGGAAGAGGAAGAGAAGAUUCCUGUUGAAGACGAAAAAGUUGCUGCCACUGAGGAAGAGGAAGAGAAGAUUCCUGCUGAGGAAGAGAAAGUUGCUGCCGCUGAGGAAGAGGAAGAGAAGAUUUCCAACGAGAAAGAGAAACCCGCUGCCGAGGAAGAGAAGAUAUUUAUUAAAGAUGAGAAAAGUGCUGCUGCUCAGGAAGAGGAAGGUAAAGAGAAAGAGAAAAUGGCUGCCCAGGAAGAAAAGGUUGCUGUUGAAGAACUGGGUGCAAUUUUAGCCAAUAAGGGCAUUUCUUUGAGGGACAAAGAGCUGGAGGAGGCCUUGUUAAAGUCAAAAGUAAAUGUUGAUGGGACAGUGAACCUCUGUGACUUUUUAAAGGCAGUUCAUGAGAUUCAAAGGUCACCUCCAGAAGAAACUAAAGUUGAUAUUGAGAGCUUGGAUGAAGUCUUGGAAGAAAUGGGAAUCUAUUUAACCAACAGACAACUAUACGAGGCAUUUAAACACGUUUCAAUAGAUGAUGAUGGGAUGGUGGACAAGAACGCAUUCAUGAGAAGUGUAAAUGCCAUUUUGAAGAACCAGAAAAAAGAGGAUAUGACUGUGAAUUUGAAGGACUUUAUGUGGGCUGUUGAUGACCUCCUCAGUAGUCAAGAAGAACUAGAGGAUACUAGCAGCUCGGACAAUACCUUGAGAAAUACAGACACCUCCCUAACCACAGAAGAAGAGCAGGAGGAUGGAACUGUGUAUUUAACAGACAUUACAAAGAUGUCUGGUGACAGUCAGACCUUCUCUAACUCAUCUUCUCUAGAAACAUAUCCAAAUAAAAUGCAAGAUGCAAAGAUGUUCAAGUUGCCCAGAAUGGUGGAGAGGUCAGUUCUCCAAACACCAAACAGGGUUUUCCCUUCUGUGACUUUGAAUGAGGAGGCCAGACCCAAAGCAGUGAAGAACCUGAGUAAGCCACAGCUAGAAGCCUUCCGUACAGCUUAUGAUACAUUCAGAAAGGACCUUGAUGGCAUAAUUGAUCUGGCAGCCCUAGAGACCACAGCCCAUAAUUUAGGAAUCAAUUUAACAGAGGAGGAAGUUCUUGAUGAACUGAUAUAUGCUGACAUGGAUGGAGAUGGAAAAGUAAAUUUCACAGAUUUCCUCAACAUCAUCACAGAUACCAAGCGAUUCAUCCAGGCCGUAGCCCCUAAGAAAGAUGACAAAGAGACUGUUGAUGCCCGAGGAAUCUUGUUCUUUGAGCUCCUGUCAAAGCUGGUGGAAUCAUCUAAACUGCCAAGACAUACUACUACAGCUAUUGUCAGCUAUUAUCGCCAAAAGUUCCUGGACUGUACAAGCAAGAAAGCUUCAGGCAGGACAGCCAAACAGGGUCAACACCAUCCUGAUAAAGAAAGAUUGCCCAAAAGCCAAUCUUCCCCAAUUACUGCCUUUGCUGGUGCUGCCCGCAUCUGCAUCAUGAAUGAAAAGGAACUGGAAUCAUACGUGGCAAAUAUCCAAGGAAAAGUGAACCCUUCAGAGAGUCCCUAUAAUCAAAUACCUAUCUUUCCCUUGAUCCCUAACCGGGAUGUCUUGGUGAAAGGGAGGUCAACAAAGGAUGUCCAGAAGCUAGACAUGCAAAGGAAGAUGGAGCCCCUCUCCUCCUUUGAAGACCAUUUCAUCCGUAAAAAGAGGUGGAUAAAGCAGAUACCCAAGCCUGCCAAGGCUUCCAAACCAUCCCUUUCUCUCUCUCCAGAGCUAAGUCAGAAGCGUUUGACUAUGGAUGACGUGAGUCAAAUCCGACAAGAGGUCAAGAAAGUGACAGGCUCCUAUCGGAAAGUAAUGGCUUUCCGUGAACGCAACAAAAUACUGAAGCUGUGGAAGAGACUACGUGGUGGAGAGAUUGGGCUGGAGACAGACAACCCCAGCUUCUACCAGAUCUUCUCCACGUACACCUGGUCAUGGAAUGUUUUGCAGGAACUAGUAUCACCCCGAGAACUUCGGGAAUAUGAUAAAAAACAGUACCACCGUGUUGUCCGGCCAGCCACUCCUGUAGAUAAAGUAAUCAAUACUAGUGGAAAAUCAAAAAGAAGUCAGAAGUAACACCAGAUGUUGCAACUAGUGCUCCUCCUUUUAUGUGAAUGCAUUCCCUCAAUCAGUCUCAGGCUGGUAUGCAGAUCACACUUUCUAUGAGACAUAGUGCAAGGUUUCAACUUUGUACCCUGGCUAAUACAGUGAAAAAUUAAGCUUCAAGAGGCAAACCAUCUCUCUUGUCAUCUUUGUUUUCUUAUUGUUACUUAUUGAGUUCCAUUAGCAGGCACAAGGACAGUAAAACAGGAGAAAAAUAUUCAAUCUUGAAACUCAAAAAAAGAUUUGGGGGAUAGCACUCAACUCUUUAUCAUCCACAAUACAUUCUAUUCUCCUUACAAUUUUUUUCUUUUCUUUCUUGUCCAACCUUAACAGUUAACUUAAAACAAUUCUCAAUAACCAUGUUUCUCUAGAAAUGAGUUGCAUCAGGUGGUAAACUGCAGUCUUUAGAAGACAAACAAAGUUUGCACAUUGCAUGAAGGCAUUUAGCUAAUUCUGCAAAAAAAGUAGUAGCAGUAGUAGUAGUAGUUAAUUGUAUUAUGGCUUCAUUUAAUGUGCAAAACCAAUAAUGUAUUCAUAUGUUGUUCAAGGGAAUGCAU